UCUCUUCUUUCUCUUUCUCUCUCUCGAUCUCUCGAUCUCUUCUUCGCUUCUCUCGGCGCUCGCUGACCUAGAUCUCGCUCUUUCCUCUGGAUUUUGGCUGUAAAUCUGGGAGGAUUUUGGUGGAGGUUCAUUGGAGGAGCUGGAUGAGUGGCGGAUGAGUGGAUUUGGUUGUUGUUUUAGGGUUUUCUUGUGGUUUUGGUGAGGAUGAUGAAGCCCGGGAUGGGGAGUGGUGGUGAUCAGUUCCCGGCGGGGUUAAGAGUUCUUGUGGUGGAUGAUGAUGUUACUUGCCUGAGAAUCCUUGAGCAGAUGCUUCAUAAAUGCUCAUAUCGAGUCACAAUUUGUACUCGGGCUUCGAAGGCUUUAUCUCUUCUCAGGGAAAGGAAGGAUGGUUUUGAUGGUUUUGAUGUGGUGAUUAGUGAUGUUUAUAUGCCUGACAUGGAUGGAUUUAAGCUACUUGAACUUGUUGGUCUUGAAAUGGAUCUUCCUGUUAUAAUGAUGUCUGCUGAUGGGAGCACUAAUGCAGUGAUGAAAGGAAUAAAACAUGGGGCUUGUGAUUAUUUGAUUAAACCUGUACGCAUGGAAGAGUUAAAGAAUAUUUGGCAGCAUGUUGUCAGGAAAAAAUGGAAUGAGAACAAGGAAUUGGAAAAUUUAUGUAGCUCAGAAGAUCCUGAGCACCAGAGACGAGUAAUAGAUGAAGCUGAAUAUACUUCAUCAGUGAAUGAUGGAACUGAUAGUACUCUGAAAUCUCAAAAGAAGAAAAGAGAUGCUAGAGAUGAUGAUGAUGGAGAAUUGGAUAGUGAAGAUCCAUCCUCAUCCAAAAAACCACGAGUAGUUUGGUCAGUGGAACUCCAUCAACAAUUUGUCAAUGCUGUGAACCAACUUGGCAUUGAUAAGGCUGUUCCUAAGAGAAUUCUUGAACUGAUGAAUGUCCCUGGUCUAACCAGGGAAAAUGUUGCGAGCCAUUUACAGAAGUUCAGAUUGUAUCUCAAGAGAUUAAGCGGGGUGACUCACCCAAGUUCUUUCUGUUCAACCCUAGAACCAAAUUCAAAUGUAGGUUCAUUAGGCAGACUUGAGUUUCCAGUGCUGACUGCUGCAGGGCAAAUUCCUCCACAAACUCUGGCUGCUUUUCGUGCAGAGCUCAUGGGCCGCCCUUCUGAGAGCUUAGUGAUGCCUCCAAUUGACCAAUCCGUUUUUCUACAAUCUUCAGAAGGACCAAAGUACAUUCCUUUUGAACACAAAGUACCGGUUGGACAGCCUAUAUUUAAAUGCCAAUCUAACUCAUCUAACCAGCACCCUCACCCCAGCAUAUCUUUUGAGGAUACAUCCCCUAGUUUUCCAGCUUGGCCUAUUAAUCAAUCUGACAUCUCAGGUUGUGCUAGCAAUCUUGAAGCCAUGAGCAGCGUCCGAAAUGGUAAUAUUAUGUUACAAAUACCCCAGCAAUUACCGCUUCCUGUGCAAUCAAAACCUCAGCAUGCAAUUAAUGUGCAACCUUCCUGUUUGGUUGUACCUUCACAGCCAAUGAACAAUUUCCAGGUUGGGAGCAUUCCUAUUCCUGUGAAUUCAAACAGUGCAGGGUCCCAAUCCGGAACAUUGGCCAACUAUCAUGCAGGAAAAAGUUCUGUUCGUGUAAGCGAAGCUUAUAACGCAAAUAUCAGCAGUAUGGCUGUGGGGUAUAGUCAUCCUUUGUCGCAGUCAAAUAAUGCAGCAGUUGGUAUGCCACAAAUCUCCGAUGAAGAUAUUAAGGGUGCCGGUAUGUCAAAUGCAUACUUGAUGUCAAGAUCAAUUUCAUCCUCAGUGUCAUCUGCUUCCGGUCACGCAGAUAGUAAUGAUCAUUGGCAGGUGCAAAACACACUUGUAAAUGUUGGUCUCUCUUAUAAAACGCCGGGGUUUGUGCCAAGUUUGCACAAGGAGGUGUUUGAGACCAAGAUAGGAACCUUGCCUGAGCAGGGAGUGGGGAGGAAUCACUGCUUUGCUGGUAAAGGUACUUGUAUUCCCAGCCGGUUUGUGGUGGAUGACAUUGAGUCAUCAACUAAUGAUAUGAGACAUGGUGGCGCUUGCACUUUUGAUGAUGCAGAAAUUGUGAAGCAAGAGAUUAGUUUGGAUUUUCUGGAUGAUUUUACUUCUGGAAACUCUGUCUUGUCACAUUUUCCUCAAAGUGGUUUCGCUGGUGUUUCUUCAAAGUAGGAAUGGUUAGCUGAAAUUCCACUGGAAUCGAGGAUCAACAUGAGCAACACGCGAAGAAACUUCGUGGCAAAAAAAACAUUGUGCUUUUUUUUUUUACAAUUCUGAAAAGUUUGAUGCUUGAAUCUGGAAUCCCUACUGAAUACCAGUUGCAGCAUCUGCUUUUCAAUGGUGAUGCUCAUUCUCUGUCUCUAUGUUUGACAUUGAUGGCUGGAAGGAUGAUGUAUAUAUCACCUCUGUAUUAUAAUUCCUAUGUAAACUUUAUAAUCCCAGAAAAUAUUGGAAUAAAUUAAUCGUGUUAUUUGUAUUCAUCUAA